GCGCCCUCCACUCCGGAUAUGGCGAGCAGUACCGUUAGAAACGUGCCUGCAACAGUUCUCUUAGUGCCAGUUGUCGUCAGACCCGAAUCUUUAACAGAAAGCAUGAAGUCAAUGGUUUCACUGGUCUGCAUCGCAGUCCUUGCUACCGUCGUGUCGGCAGGGCUGUAUGGCGGAUACGGUGGUUAUGGUGGAUACGGAGGAGGAUAUGGUGGCGGCUACGGCGGAUAUGGUGGCUACGGCGGUGGCUACGGCGGCUACGGCGGUGGCUACGGCUACCACCCUGUAGGCCGCGUGUUUGCGUACUCAACGCAUAUUCACCACCCAUCGUACGGUUACGGCCAUGGCGGCUAUGGUCACGGAGGUUACGGCGGAUAUGGUGGAUACGGAUACGGACAUGGCUACGGACAUGGCUACGGCCACGGAUACCAUGGUUGAGGCAGCACUUGUGCGCAGGGUCCGUGUGAAGAUGACUUGUGCAACGCUCACAAAAGGUUUCACGUCUUCAUGAUGACGUUGUCAUCAAAUUGGAAUAGUUUAGUUGAUGGACGACGUUUCUGUUGGCUAAUCUUCAAGUGGAGACGGUGGAAAAAUUGUGAUCUGUAAAUAAAAGCGUACAUAUGUUUU